AUGCCCAAACUACAAGUGGGGCCCGGAGAAAGUCUUUUUUGGGCCGAUCUGGCCGAGGUGCGAGCGAGCGGCCUCGAGCCGUUCAUGCUAUAUCGACUGGAGCUGAGCCUAGAGCACAAGACAAAAUUCCGGUCGCUAGCCUACUAUUUUUCCGACGAGCACGGGGCGUUGGAUUUGGCAAAGGAGGCGCCGGUUUUUGGCAUGUAUAAAGGCGUCGAUAAAAUGGGCCUAUUCACGGCUCUCUACACCCAUCCCGGGGAGCGGCAAACGGCCAAGCUGUUGCUCAAUCCACUGCCCGAGUUUUUGGAAUAUACACUCUCGCUGUAUCACCGAGAAGAGACGAGGGUUUUGGAUACGGUAAAGCUCACCCGAAAACUCAUACAUCCCGGAAUCACGCGCGAGCCGAUAAAGCAUAAUAAGCUGGAAGGAGCGCUGUACUACCCAAAAACUCGGGGACCCGAAAAAUUGCCGAGUAUUUUGGACUUGUACGGAGUAGCCAUGGGGACAAAGGAGCAUCGGGCGGCAAUGCUGGCCGCGCAGGGAUAUUGCGUAUUGGCUUUGGCGAUUUUUGGAACCGGAAAAUUGAGCAAGAAGCAUGAGGACGUCACCACGGAAUAUUUGCAGCUAGCAGUCGAUUUUCUGACCCAACUACCGUACACCCAGAGCCGCUGCGCGGUCGUGGGUACUUCCUUUGGCGGCACCCUCGGCUACCACUUGACGUUCGAAAAACCGGAGGUAGCCUGCGCCGUGAGUAUCAACGGCCAACGCGGACACUACAUGGUGUCGCAGAUGAACGCAGGGGGCGAGAAGCUGCCAUGGACCCCGGUGCUCCCCCACAACCUGCCCAACAUUGACCACUACGGCGGGUUCAUCUCCUAUGGCCGGAUGUACGGGUCGUGCGAGCUGGACGAGGAGCACAUGCUGCGUUUCGAGAAGCUACGCCAGGAUCAGCAUCUGCUGUAUAUAGCCGGCGGCCAAGACCGAGCCAUCGAUGCCCAGGUGCAGGGGCGAGAGAUCGAGCGUCUAUUGGAAAGUAAUGGAGUCGGGAAGCAGUUUGAGUUGCUAGAGCUGCCUGACUGUGGCCACAUCAUUGAUCCUCCGUAUAUGCCACUGAAUGAUUUUUUGUAUCAAGGAGGACGCUACAUGGCCUUCGGCGGCGAUCCAUACCCGCAUGGCGUGGGACAGCACGUAGCCUGGAAGAAACUCCUCGAAUUCCUUGAGAAGCACAUUGGCCCGGGGACCUGCAUUACCGGCAAUAAAUUG